AUGGCUCCACCAAAAUUUUCCGAUCUUAACAAACAAGUUUCCGACAUUUUCAAUAAAGGCUACUUUUUUAAUGUUUUCAAACUCGAUGUUAAAACACGAACAGCUAAUGGAGUUAAUUUUAAUGUAGUUGGUGAACAUAAUACUGAAACAGCACAAACAACUGGUAGUCUUGAAACCAAAUAUGUUGUACCAGAAUAUGGUUUAACAUUUUUGGAAAAAUGGAAUACCAAUAAUUUACUUAAAUGUGAAAUAACCGCUGAUAAUCAAUUAGCCCAAGGUUUUAAAGUUGUUUUUGAUGCAACACUUAUUCCAAAUACCGGGAAAAAAACCGCCGAACUUCGUACAGCAUAUACACAUGAUAAAGCUCAUGUUGAAACAAAUGUCGCUUUUGAUAGUGCCGGUCCAAUUCUUAAUGGUGCCGUUGUUCUAGGUCAUCAAGGUUGGUUAGCUGGUUAUCAAUAUGUUUUCAAUACAGCUCGAUCAGCAUUAACAAAAAAUAACUUUGCUGUUGGUUUCAGAGCUAAAGAUUUUACUUUAUACGCAAACAUGAACGAUUCUAAUGAAGUUGGUGGCAGCGUCUAUCAACGUAUUAAUGAUCGUCUUGAAACCGGUGUACAAUUAGCUUGGACCGCUGGUUCAAAUCAAACACGAUUUGCACUUGCAUCAAAAUAUCAACUUGAUGCUCAAACUGUAGUUAGUGCAAAAGUAAAUAAUAUCUGCCAAGUUGGUCUUUCAUUUGCACAAGUUUUAAGACCAGGUGUUAAACUUACCUUAUCCGCAUUAUUCGAAGCUAAAAAUUUGAAUGCUGGUGGGCACAAAGUUGGUUUAGGACUUGAACUCGAUGCAUAA